AUGGUUAUAGUAUUGACCAUGAGUAUCGCGCUGUUGUUUACAGUUGAAAAACCGAUUACAAGCUCUACUACAAUUACUCUUGUCGAACCAUUUACAUGUGAUUGUUCAGUAAUAAAUCCACAAAUAACAUCAAGAAUUGUUAAUGGUGAAGCAGCAAUUCCAAAUUCAUGGCCAUGGCAAUUGCUUUUGGUUUUUUUUACUGCUCAAGGCUGGCCUAGAUUCUAUUGUGAUGCUAACCUUAUUACACCAAAACAUGUUCUUACAGCUGAACAUUGUGUUUUUGAUUCAUCACCUCGAUAUGUUGGUGUAAUUUCUCAUCUUCAUAUUUUUCACUAUAGUACACGGUCACCAAGUAGAACACAUAUCGCUGAACGCAUUUAUGUUCAUGAAUCUUAUGAUGAUAUGACUCUUAAUGAUGAUGUUGCAGUUAUUUGUUUACGUACAAAUAUUUCUUUAGAUUAUCAAGUUAGUCUUGCGUGUAUUGCACCAGCAAAUCUGGCUGAUCAAGAAUUAAUAGACGGUCAACCUCUUGUAGCUAUAGAUUGGGGUGCAAAGGAAAGUGUUAAUCAUACAAGACCAAAUGAAUUACAACAAGUACGUUUGCAAUUUGUACCAUGA